AUGAACAGCGCCCCCGCGGAAGAGCUCGAAGGUCCUGCCCCAGUUGAGCUCACCGUCCCUGAUCACGACUGGACAUUUUCCACCUAUACCCUGGAAAAUGGCCUCGUUCAUUUCGAACACCCCAACAAUCUUGGCGUCACCCAUGACAACGGCCUUCCCACGGAGAGCGCCCGUUGCGCUCGCUUCCGCCAGCCCUACAUUUCCAAGGAAAUGGUCAGAAUCUAUCGCCGCCGCUCCCGCUUUGUCACCCGCUUGACCUGCCGCCAGUCUGACCCCGACAUUUCCGCCGUAGCUGAAGGAAAAAUGUGCUUUCGCAGAGAUGAAUUUACCGCGGAGCAACCUGUCUCUAGCCCAGUUCCCACGGGCACAGGCGACAUCCCCGACAUGGUCCGUGGAAGCCGCGCCGCUCUGGCAGAUGCCACCCGCUACUUUGGCCCGGAACUUCUGUCCGACAUGGAAAAGGGGUUUUCACGCGCGUUUGCAGCAGACGAAGAAGUGCCGUUUCUGCCAAGCGUCGAGGAAGCCGCAGGCACCUUGGAGGGCCAGGGGGACGAGGAAACCCUCUCGCUGGUUGUGUCGUACAGGCAUGCCACCAAGAAGCAAGGCUAUAUCCUCAACCUGGACACAGCGGCUUGGACACCGCUGCAUGCAGAUGUGUGCGCACUCUGUCGACGGGCAGGGUGCCGCAAGUUUCGCCUGUGGACCGACCAGAUCUUGUCGUUCCGAAAACCGCGCGCCACUCUGCGGUGGGUGUCUAGCGGCAUCUUUCCGUACAUGGUCUACCCAGUCUACUAUGUCCUGUCGCCCGACGUGCAUGCUGACCUCGCCCGCAUGUGGAUUUCCAUCGAACACCUCUCCGCUUGCUUCGGCCAGGGCUUGAUCCACGCGGGCGGCCCCGUCGCGGGGCAGACGGCGCCCAAGGAAUGGGUUCAAACGUAUGUGCACAUGGAAGAGGGCUGCCGCAGUCUCACCUGGAUGACGGGACUGAAGAACGAAAUGUACCAGGUAGUGCGAAGGGUGUGUGGUGUGAUCAUGUGCGGGCUACUGCGGAACAAGGCCCUUAGCUGGCCGCUCGACGGACAAGACAUUAUCGAAUGGGCGUCCACCAUCACGGUCUCUGCGAUGAGCCCGGACCUUGAGCAUACGUUCACGUGCGAGGAUUGUGAGCGACCGGCUGGGUACCCUUCCUUGUCCCGACUAGCAGGUCUCAUCAGCAGCGCGUCGCCGAUCUUUCCGCAGCGUGCGGAGGGUCACUCAUUUAGCGAUACGCAUCCUAGGCCUAAUGUUCCGGCUCUGCGGUUGGAGAUUGACGGCCGUUCGUGGGAUGGAUUUCGGGAGUGGGUACCGGAGAGUUGUCUGUGGGGUGCCGCAGAAGAUAACCGACGGGACGAAGCUGUGCGGAAAGGGAGCAAAGGGAUCAUCGUUUCGGAAGAUGGAAAUCGGUCAGUAGGUGUGCUCCAGUGGGAGUAUCGCCAAGGGGAGGGAAUUAUUGUUGCAUAUUUGCUUGUAGGGCUUGUGCGGGAGGAAGGGGCCAAGGGGAGGGAGAAGGCGGUCUGGAGUAAGCGUUUCUGGCCGGUGGAUCCGAUCAAGAUGUGGAGGGCGUUUCGGCAGCUGUACGCGAAUACGCGAGAUACUGAGGCGUUGUUUGCAAUGGCUAUCAUUGUAGGGGCGUCGUCGGGGCUGGACUACACGAAUAUUAGCGACGCGCAGGAAGUCAGGACCGUGAAAUUGGCAAAGGUGAAAUGGUAGAAGGAAGAAUUGUCGAGAUGGAAGCUGGCCUUAUGGUUCUUUUUCUUGAAGCUUCGGCACUUGCCGGUAAAAAUGACAACCAGCGAAGA